UACAGUUAAUAUUUUAUGCACUCAGCUGUAUUUAGGAUUUGAAUUUUAAGACACCAACCAACAAAUAAAAAUCUUUAAAUUCAAACAAACAGACAAAAAAGAAAUAUCUACAAACAUGUUGUCAUUGACAUUGUUGAGAAACACCUGCUCAUCAUCAUCAUCGCGAUCAGUAUUACCAACAGCAUCAACAUCAUCAUCAUCAUCAUUUUGCUGUUCUUCAUCAUCAUGUUCUUUUUUUAAAUCUGUGAUUUUCGUACUUGUUAUAUUAAUAAGUGCCCGCGGUUUGCAGCCCUCAAUAUUGGGUGUUUAUUUUGAACGUUCACCCGAAUCGGCUGUUGCUCCCAAGGGUGAUGAGGUGGUGUUUGAAUGUGAGGUGAAUUUGGCUCCCGAUCGUUUAGAGUGGAAAUUUCGUCAUUCUAGUAAUCGUUCUGGUGAUGGGAGUAAAUAUAAAUAUCUGUCAAAGGAGAACGGCUAUAAUAUCACCAAAGAAGAUCGUGUCUCCAUGCUGCGUAUAUUUGUGCAACCUGAAUCUCUGGGCGAUUAUCAGUGUGUGGCUUGGUAUGGUUCGGCUGCCAUAGCUUCGUUAUCGGCACGCCUCACUCUAGUCUCCAUAUCCAUAGAUAAUUCUAAUGGUUAUUCUCGUAAUUCCAAAAUAUAUAAUGUGGCUCCUAAGAAUUGCGUGUUACUACGAUGUGGCACGGUAACCUCCAAUCCCCCAGCCAUAUGGAGUUUUUAUCGUAAUGGCGAGAAGUUGCCACAAACCGAAAUCAUACCCACGAAUGGCGCUUUAAUAUUGAAUACAGUAACGGCUAAGGAUUCAGGCAAUUAUACUUGCUCCGCCAUGAAUCCUAUAACAGGGCAGGAGGUAAAGUUGCCGCAACGUAUUGACCUGAGGGUGGACUAUACAGAUCGUAAUCCUCCUUAUUUUCUAAUACCACCCGUCACUCAAGUUACAGCUAGACCGGGAGAUUCGGUGGUUUUAGAAUGUCCGGGUGUGGGUUCACCUCCGCCCGCUGCCGUUUGGAGUUCUCCCGAUAUUAUCAAUAUCAGCAAUAAUAAUCGCACUCGCCUAUUACCCUAUGGUUUACAAAUUACCGAUGUUAUGCCUGAAGAUCAAGGUUCCUAUGUUUGUCGUUUGGAUAAUGGUAUAGCUCCGGCUUUGGUGCAUAUCAUCAAGUUUACUGUUUUAGAGAAACCCACCAUUUUAAGAGGUCCUGCCAGUACGGUGACCAAUGAAAGUUAUACUUUAGAAUUGGAGUGUUCGGCCACUGGGAAUCCUUAUCCUGAUAUCUAUUGGCUUAUAAAUGGUAUAGAUACUUCUAUGGAUGAGGAAAUGUUGCAUGAUGGUCGUCGUUUGGUUAUACAACAUGUUCAGAAAAGACAUGCUGGCAUAGUGCAAUGUUUUGCCAAGAAUGAAGUGGGAGAGACCAGCGAAGCUAAUCCUUUAAAAGUUAAUCCCAAACAAAUUCACGGUUCUUCACCACCUUUGGGCAAUGUUCCCACCAAAGUCUAUGAACAUGUGGGCAAUCAUAAGACUAAAGGAAAGACAAAGAAACAACCUAAAGCCACCAUGAUUCCACCCUCUCGUCCUAAUGUUACCCGACUUUCCGAUGAUUCCGUCAUGUUGCGCUGGUAUGUACCCAAAAACGAUGGUCUACCCAUACAAUUCUUUAAGGUACAAUAUCGCAUGCUGGGCGAUGCGGCACGCACUAUACCCCGAGAAAAUUGGCAGACCACCAAUGAGGAUAUACGCUACAAUAAAAUGGAUCGUAAUAAUGAGGGCUUUAAGAAUUUCACAUCUUCGGUGACGGGUUUAAAACCUGACCGUUUCUAUCGUUUUCGUAUUAUAGCCGUUUAUUCGAACAAUGAUAAUAAAGAGGGUAAUACUUCUUCAAAGUUUUUCCUUAGACGGGGAGAAGAUUUAGAUUUAUCUAAUCUACCGGUACCGGAAUUACAACGCAUAGAACCUUUAUCGGAAUCGGCAGUAAUGUUGCAAUGGUCUUUAGCCCAUACAGCGGCGGCUACUGAAGUAGAUGGUUUCUAUGCUUACUAUAGGCCAGCCUCGUCGGCUGGUGAGUAUAUGAAAGCCACUGUAGAUGGCAUGCAGACUAGAAAAUUUAAAAUAGAUAUGCUCGAAGCCGGUACUACCUAUGAAUUCAAAUUACAAUCCUUCAAUGAAAUGGCUGCCUCGGAAUUUAGCUCCAUAGUACAAGGCAAUACUAAAAAAUCUCUUACCACCCCCGCUCCUGCCUUGCCCGAAAAGGAACCUGCUUCUAAAUCCAAUGAAGAGGAUAAUUCUUUGUACCCUGUAGUUGCUGGAGCAGCUGGUGGUGGUCUUUUAUUGUUAAUAGUUAGCUUAACUGUUUGUAUGUGCAUAAAAAGACGUAAAAAUUCUCAAGCUGAAGAAGAAAAUAAACCUCAGUUGGAUCAUAUACAAGCGGAUUUUGUAUCACCCCAAGUUUUGGGUGUUAACAAUCAUCACAAAGCUAAUAAUCAUCGUAUGAAUGGUGUUUUACCGCGCAUGAAUAUUACACCAAAUCCAUUGGCCCAGGAGGCUGAUAAGGCCCAUAUAGGAUCGGGUAUACACCAUGCUCAACCCUAUUAUCAAACACCUCCUACGCCCACAUUAAUGGCUAAAAGGGACUAUCAGCAACCGCCGCCAGUGCCACCACAUCAAAACAAUAAUCACACUUCUAUGUCGGCUAUGAAUCAUCAUCAUCCUUUACCACCUACUGGACAUCAAGCCGCCCCCUUAACGCCCUCUUUAGAUCAACAAAGACGUACACUAGAUCGCAGUGUACGUAAUUUACCCUACAAUCAAAAUAACUCGAAUAUGGCGAAUAAUCAUGAUACGUCAGCCAUGAAUUUGGAAGGUCUUACUACACGCAUACCAUCCUUGAGAAGAACACGACGCACUUCCGGCGGUAGUUCAAAUAAUGGUGUCAAUUCUAUGUCCAGUAAUCCCAAUGGUGGUCUGGGUAUACCUAUCGCCGUGGCCGCCGGCAGUCCAAGAGUUCAACGUUCUCCUAUGCCCGCCAGAGCGGCCAUGAUGAAACAACGUUCACGUUUGGGCAGUCACAAUGAUAAUAUCUCUUCCGGCAGUCUCAACAGUAUUGAAGUGUGAUGUUAAAAAGAGAGUAAGUAAGUGUUAAAGAGAGCAGAAGUUUUAAAAGUUAGAGAAUUUUUUGUUUUCCUUUUUUCCUUAGUAAUGAAUACAGACUAUUAAGUUUUAAUUACACUUUUAAUUUAAAUGUAAAUAAUUUAGCUUAAGGUAUAGCUUAGAAUUAGCUAGUUUUAUACUAACAGGGCACAAAAACAAGAGACAGUUUUUAAAGAUAAAGAGAGCUCAAAUGAAUUUAAAAUUAAGAGAACCUUAGAAAUUAAGAAAUCUAAAACAAAUAUAAGAGAAUAAUUCGAGUUAGAAGAAGAACUUCCAAUAUUAUAGAUCAGACCAUAGACCACGAUAUAGACUAUAUAAUAAACUAAAGGCUAGACUAUAGAAUAAACUAUAGAAUAGACUAUAGACUAGACUAUAGAAUAGACUAUAGACUAGACUAGACUAUAGACUAGACUAUAGACUA